GAUAGGCGGCACAUCUCGUUUUCGCGAGUGCGGGUUGGAAGAUGGCACCAGAACCAGAGUUGCCGUAUGAAAUCGUCAACGUGAGUGCUGAUGAAGAGAAAAUCAUUAGGAAGUGCUUGACAGGGUACACGAAACCUUUCGUGCGAUGCGGGAAGCAGGGCUACGUGAUGCCUGGUGCCUUCAGGAAGCACGCGGAGGCGAUUUACAACAUGCAGGUGCGCCCUGAUGACGUGUGGGUCAUCACGUUUCCACGAUCAGGUACAACAUGGACACAAGAGCUUAUAUGGCUGGUGGAAAAUGAGUUGGACUUCAAAACUGCAAAAGAGAAACCACUCUAUGAGAGGUUUCCCAUGCUAGAAACCACAUCCCAAAUACCGGAGAUAGCCUUCGACCUGAUCAAGGCGAACUUCAUGAAUCUCAAGCACUUCCAAGGUCUAAACGACGCAGUCAGGUGCCCUAGCCACCAGCUGAUCGACCAGGCUCCCUCUCCCCGGUUCAUCAAGACUCACCUCCCCCUAUCCCUCCUCCCCCCCUCUUUGCUGAGCACAGCUAAAGUGGUAUACGUAGGGAGGGAUCCGAGAGAUGUGGCGGUGUCGUACUACUAUUUACACAAAAUGGUCGCGAAGAACAUGAUGCGGUGUAACUUCAUGCAUUUUUGGGAGGCGUUCAGAAGAGAUCUGUUGCCGUGGACACCAAUAGUAGCACACACGAACGAGGCGUGGAAGCAACGUCAUCAUCCGAAUCUUCAUCUAGUUUUCUACGAAGAACUAAUUAAGGAUCUCCCGAAGGAAGUCCGCCGCAUCUGCAAGUUCCUCAGACGGGAGUACUCUGACGCUGAGAUCCAGAACCUGGCCAACCACCUCAGCUUCGACAGCCUCAGAAAGAACAAGACUGUCAACAACACAGUCGCUGACAAUGGCGUGCAGUUCGUGAGGAAAGGUGAGGCUGGAGGAUGGAGGGAACACUUCGAUGACAAAAUGGAGCUGCAAGCUGAAGAGUUCCUGGAGGAGCGUCUGCGGGGACUGGACCUCCGGUACCCCUCAAUACCUAUGGAGGAAAUAACGCAUUUAUAGUCCAUGCUAGUCUUUUAGUAUUAAGUAAGUUAUAAGCUUUGUUUCAAGCUAAAA